AAAAAUGAUGAUGAUAAGAGAGGUUAUAUAAAGGCGUUGAUCAUCACCGGAGCCUAGUACUAAAUCAAUUGGGAUUAUUGCAACGUUAAUUCUCUUGCUUUAUCAUAAAAAAGCUGAAAGUUUUUCUUUACAAUGGCCACGGACCUCUUUGUGAUGCACAACAGCUGCCGUUAUUUGGAGCAAGUAGCCGAAUCAGGACCAAGAUACGUCGAAAGGACUUUUCGAGAGCACUAUGCCAUUCUCAACAUGCAGAUAGUGGAUCUUUUUGAAGGAUGUAAGAAGUGGGAAAAUAUUGAGAAGAAUCGGUAUCAAAACAUCGAAUGUUGGAAUAAUACUAGGGUUCGUUUAAAAAAACAGGGAUCUAACUACAUCCAUGCGAACUAUGUUGAUGGUUUUGAUCAAGUCCGGAAAUUCAUAGUGACCCAAGAACCGAUGAACAACACACUCGAGGACUACUGGAGCAUGGUUUGGCAGGCUGGUACUAGGGUUAUUGUGAUGUUGAAUGGUGCCGACUCACCUGCAGUGCCCACUGUAAGUGACUGUUUCAAAUUGGAAGGAUUUACAGUCUCCGUAAAAAGUAUCGCUUUGCAAAAUGAAUACGUUGAAAUGGUUAUGAAUGUAUUUAAUAUUAAUACCAUACGAUCAAGAAUUGUUCAUUGUUUCAAAUACCUAAGCUGGCCAAAACAAGGUGUUACUGAUAUGUUGACGCUUAUCAAUUUCAUAAAUGUAGUGAAUGACAG